AUGACACAGCUCCCCACACCUCCUGUGUCCCGCCAGACCUCGGAGAUUCCAGAUGGCGAGCUCAAACAGCCUCACAUAGACGACACCCAACCGGAUCCCUCAACAUCCCUCGAUGCGCUUCUUGAAAGAUAUCUCCAUCUCCUCGAUAAACAUCAGAGAUUGCAAAGUGAGCUAUCAUCGGAGCUCUCUUCGGGGUUUCUUUCUCUGGCGCAUGCGAACUAUACCUGCUCCCCAGGUCGACGAUAUGGCGUUGAUUACUAUGAUGAACGGAUGAAGGCUUCAAGGAAAGUGAUAUUACAACCGCAUUCGUCCACGAUCCAAACAACUGAUAACACUGGACUGGAUGGUCCACCGCCAGCUCGCACACCUUCCGCGCAGACAUUUACGGUUCGGUUCGCCACGAGCAGUGACGACGAGCAGGCCGAAACAGGUGACCAGCCUGCGCUGCCAGAGCCAAACGAGAGAAGUGUGGCACAGGAACCUUUGAACGAGGAGCGAGGCGACGACCACGGGGAACCUACUGCAUCUUUUCAGGCCUCAUCCAAGUCCCCCAAGUCGGAGCCCGCAUCAGAUACGAAGCGCAAGUCCGCGAAACGAAAACCACAUACUUCAGACCCGAUACAGUGGUAUGGAAUACUUGUUCCGCCUUCUCUUCGCAGCGCUCAGAAAUCUUUCACUAAGGCGGUUGAAAGUAGCUUGCCUGAGUUAGCGAGUGUCAUGGUCGAGAUGCAGAGUGCAGAGAAGGAGAUCUCUAGGCUGCGGGGGGAAUUAGGACGAUAA